AUGGACGGGGUUGAUAUCACCAAGGCUGUGCUGAAUAAAGGAAAGCAGAUGGCCAGUGUGGCCGCAUCGGCCGCCAAUGGCAAUGGCGGUAAGAAGCGCAGAAAAGGAACCGAUUUGAAGCCAAUCGUCACCAACGAAACAGCCGCUGAUUCUACGACAGAGGGGGCUCCCUCUCUCGCCAUCCCGCAAUCGCGAUCGCCCUCCACCUCCUCCGUUGACGAGAUCGAGACGACCGCCGAAGAGGAAGAUUCAGAAGACUACUGCAAGGGCGGGUAUCACCCGGUCACGGUCGGCGAAACGUAUAACAACGGUCGCUAUGUCGUCGUGCGCAAGUUGGGCUGGGGCCAUUUCUCCACCGUCUGGUUGUCCCGCGAUACCACCACCGGCAAACACGUCGCCCUCAAAGUCGUUCGUUCCGCGGCUCACUACACCGAAACCGCCAUCGAUGAGAUCAAGCUCCUGAAUCGCAUUGUACAAGCCAAGCCGUCGCACCCGGGUCGCAAGCAUGUCGUCAGUCUGCUCGACUCCUUCGAACACAAAGGUCCCAACGGGGUCCACGUAUGUAUGGUAUUUGAGGUAUUGGGUGAGAAUCUACUCGGUUUGAUUAAGCGAUGGAAUCACCGCGGCAUUCCGAUGCCGCUGGUCAAACAGAUUACGAAACAGGUCCUCCUGGGAUUGGACUAUCUCCACCGCGAAUGCGGUAUCGUCCAUACAGAUCUGAAGCCGGAGAACGUAUUGAUCGAGAUCGGCGAUGUGGAACAGAUUGUGAAGACAUACGUGAAGGAGGAGCAGAAGAAGGACCACAAAGAGGAUAACCGCAAUGGCCGGCGGCGGCGCAGGACCCUAAUCACGGGGAGUCAACCGUUGCCGAGCCCGCUCAACACCACCUUUGAUUUCAAACACAGCUCGCACCACUCGCAGAGUAGUCUGAGUCAAAUGAUCAAUGAGGAGUCUGAAUCCGCCCCGUCGGAGAAGUCAUCCAUGAAAGAAAUGCUCGGCAUCAAGGAGGAAGAUGAGAAACAGAAACAACGAGAAAAGACUGCUGACCUCCUCGAACGCGAAGUAUCCGGCAUCUCCUUGAAUAAAUCCUCCAAAGAAGCGAAAGACGAACCAGAAUGCGAUAUUAUCUCGGUCAAGAUUGCUGAUCUGGGAAAUGCCUGCUGGGUCGGCCACCACUUUACGAACGACAUCCAAACACGACAGUAUCGCUCGCCCGAGGUCAUUCUCGGGUCCAAGUGGGGUGCGAGUACGGAUGUAUGGAGUAUGGCGUGCAUGGUCUUCGAGCUCAUCACGGGGGAUUACCUCUUCGAUCCGCAAUCGGGUACGAAAUACGGCAAGGACGACGAUCACAUUGCACAAAUCAUCGAACUACUAGGUCCCUUCCCCAAAUCGCUCUGCCUCUCUGGCAAGUGGUCGCAGGAGAUCUUUAACCGCAAGGGUGAAUUGCGCAACAUCCAUCGACUCCGUCACUGGGCCCUACCAGAUGUCCUUCGGGAGAAGUACCAUUUCUCGGCAGAAGAGAGUAUGCGCAUCAGCGAAUUCUUGUUGCCCAUGCUGGAAAUCCCGCCCGAGCGACGUGCCAAUGCUGGUGGGAUGGCAUCGCAUGCGUGGAUGAAGGAUGCGGCAGGGAUGGAUGCCGUCGACCUGGGCGUUCCCCCCGGCAGCCGGGGCGAAGGGAUCGAAGGAUGGGCAUCCGAGGUGAAGCGGCGGUAG